AUGCGGCCUCUGGUCUCUGAAACAUCCCUGCUCUUUACUGUCCUCAUUAGCACAGUGUUCAGUGCUGAGAAGCUGGAACAGAAGCUCAUGAUAACUAAGCCUGCAUCUAAGCUUGCUAUAUUAGAAUGCAAGUUCUCGGCAAACUGUGGCAACUAUAUCCACUGGUAUCAGAAGAAGGGGGAUGAAAUCAGGAGGGUGCAGCACGUGGAUGUCAACAAUGGAAAUCCUAUAAAUGAGCGUGGAUUUGAGUACCUGAAAUCCUCAAGGAAAGGUAUCCAAAGUUUUGCUUUGAACAUCCCUGAAUUAAAGCCAGAGCAUUCUGCCACUUACUACUGCGCCUGCUGGAAGCUGCCAGCCAUCAGUUCAGCACUUUUUGAACUUGAUUAUCACACUGUGGUUAAUGAGAAAGUCUUUGGAUCAGGCACAAGACUUUUUGUAACAGGUGAAAGAACGGAGCCUCCUAAACUGUCGGCGUUCCCAGUGUCUCGAUCCGGAGAUGGGAGGAGUGUGCUGCUGUGUCAGGCCAGAGGCAUGUAUCCAGACCUGGUGAGGUUCAUAUGGAAGUAUCAAGCUGGGAAUGAGGUGAAGCUGUCAGACACAGAGGAGCUGCUGGAGCAGAGAGACGAGGGUCAGGAGGUCAGAGUGACCAGCAUGCUCAUCAUAGACCAACAGAAAGCACGAUCUAACACCUUCACCUGCUCUGUCCAACACGACAGAAGUGCUAAUAAUGACCUGAAGAGUGUGGUGAUCCCUGCAGGAAACUCAGAGGACGAGACAAAACCUGAGAUUAACCCAAAUCCUGUCCCAAUCCCAACCUGUCCCCCUCCAAAAGAAGAAGAAGAAGAAGAAAAAGAAGAAGAAAAAGAAGUAGAAAACUAUGGUAUAAGUAAGUAGAAUAAUAUAACUAUU